GGGUGGCGGUAGAGGGCAAGGAGGAGUGCCAUGCGUGCGCAGGCUAGGGGUCUAGGGUACCUCCUCCCCCCCCAGAACUGUCACUCGUGUUUGGCACCCAGAGUAUCGAUUUUUGGCCAGUGUUCAGUUGGAUACUGUUCAUGCCACGAGUGGAAUAUGUAUCUUGGUGUGUAAACCCCCUUGAUUGAGUUACCGAAGCAGUGUCAGUGAGGCUGAGAGGACCGCGGCAAGAUGACCAAGGACAGGCUAGCAGCGCUCAGAGCCGCGCAAAGUGAUGAAGAUGAUGUCGGGCCAGACGAUGUGGCUGUUAAUGUGGACGGCAAUGUGGGCUACAUGGACGACUUCUUCAACGAGGUGGAGGAGAUACGGGAGAUGAUAGAGAAGAUACAGAACAAUGUGGAGGAGGUCAAGAAGAAACACAGCGAGAUCCUCUCAGCGCCGCAGACAGACGAGAAGGUGAAACAGGAGCUGGAUGAUAUGAUGACCGAUAUCAAGAAGACGGCCAACAGAGUUAGAGCCAAGCUCAAAGUAAUUGAGCAAAAUAUCGAGUCGGAAGAACAUGUGAGUAAGGCGAGUGCCGACCUGAGGAUAAAGAAGACUCAACACUCAACGUUGAGUCGCAAGUUUGUCGAGGUGAUGACCGAGUACAACCGCACACAGACGGACUACCGUGAACGCUGCAAGGGCAGGAUACAGCGACAGCUUGAAAUUACUGGGCGAAAUACCACUAGUGACGAGUUGGAAGACAUGUUAGAACAGGGCAAUCCAGCUGUCUUCACACAAGGGAUCAUCAUGGAGACCCAGCAAGCAAAACAGACUUUGGCGGAUAUCGAGGCUCGACAUGCAGAUAUUAUCAAGUUAGAAACCUCCAUCAGAGAACUCCACGACAUGUUUAUGGACAUGGCCAUGCUGGUGGAGAGUCAGGGGGAGAUGAUUGAUAGGAUUGAAUAUCACGUAGAUCAGUCCGUCGAAUAUGUCGGCAAAGCUAUGGAGGACACUAAAAAGGCACUUAAGUAUCAAAGCAAAGCACGCAAGAAAAGGUUGAUAUGCAUGUUCAUUGGCAUUGGCAUCUUGUUACUCUUAACAGUUAUUCUGGCUGUCUACUUCUCAAGAUACCCAUCUAAAUCCAGUCAUACAGAAGGCACCACCCAUCCUAGUAAUUAGCAGCAAAGACUGGAUUGGUUUUCAAGUACAAGAUUGAGUGGCAUUCCAUCUCUGGAAGCUGUUCUACUUAAACUGUUCUCGUUGUACUUGAAAUAAAUUAUUGAUAAUGUCUUCUCGACUUUAAAUAGUAUAGUUUUAGUAGCUUUAUGCACAUGUGAGCAUAAUCAAGUUUCAACAAGCAAGACAUUUGUUAAUAUUUUUAGAAGUACCUGAUAUCUGUGUAUUGUGUAAUCAUGGCAGCCUUUUGAAACUUGUGUGGUUCCUAGUUUGCUUGGAUGUGAGCAAGGGAGUUAUUAGUGUUCUCUACAUAUUCUUUCAUCUGGUCCAUGCCGAGGCUUUUAAUUCUCUUUUCAGUUCCUUUGUCAGGUCUGUAAUGUAUAUUUCAUAAAAGAUAGCUACAGAAGUAAGUAAUAAAUUUCUUAGAAAUCGUAUAAAUCCUUCGGUUCUUUUCCUUGGGGAAGCAGCUGUGUUAAAAUAUUUGUACUUUAUAUUUAUAUAUGUGUGUAUCUGUCAAGUGAGAAGUACACAAAUAAUAAUUGGAGUAUGGUUCUCAAGGAAUAACUUAGUUUAUAGGGUAGAGUUAGGGAUCCCUUGUUUAAGGAGUCUAAGAAUAUAACAUUGCAGAGUUAGAACGAACUUUUUUUUUUUUUUUUUAAUGCUGUGUAUACUGUAGACACACACUGGGUUUCUGACGAAGCAGACCCUGUGAUUAAAUUAAUGGGAUGCAUUCGUACCAAGUUGAUGGGGCAAUGACUAUUGUUUACAUCUUGUCUCCAGUCUAUUUGCGAGUGACAACUUCAGUCUGAUCAGUUCAGUUUUAGUAUUCAGUUCUCAAUUAUUUAGUGCAGUAUGGUAUUUUGUAAGGAGAAAAAUAUGUAUAUAUUGUUAAAUAUUUUAUUUAUUUUAAUUUUUUAUAAUUUUUUUUAUUUUUUUUUGUACAUGGAGAUACAUUAUUUGUUUUUAGGUUGUGAGGGAAAGGAUUUAUGCAGAUGUACAGAAUAUUUUGUUUAUACAAAAUGUUAUUUGUCUUCAUUAUAAAAGAAAUUAUAUUCGCAUUGCAUCAUGCCGCACUUCCUUACACUCACUACACUACUCCUGAUUAUUAAAACAUUAAUGUGUUAAUUUUUAAAAUACUAUUCUGUUUUUAAAUUGGUUAAUUUUGGCAAACAAAUAUGUAUACAGUAUUUUAUAUACAGUAUAUAUAUAUAUAUACUGUAUUUAUAUUUUAGUACAUUUUGGGAGCAGGUUUUCUCUAAUACAAAUGUCAUUAAACACAACAACAUUGUCAAUAUUAUUAUUUUUCUUUUGGAUAUAUUUUCUAUUCUAUGCAAAUAUCUUCUACCAUCUUGAGGGUUAAGAAACAGUAGAUCACUUAAUCUUUCCAUUUUUAUUGUUCGACGUUCUGUUAGCAAUGUGACAUCUUCAGGAGUACACUCUUUAACACUAACACAGCUAUACUGAGCUUACAAGGAUUUGUUAUUAAAGAUGGUGGUGUGAUAUGGUGAAGCAACAUCAUUCUCAUUACCACAACACUAUCCUGAAUCGCCAAGACAUAGUGAAAGAUACGACAGUACAGUAAUCACGUGCAUUAACGAUCAUAGGAGGCUUCGUAUACUGGAGGCUGCAUUCAUUCGGGAACCUGACAACAGUAAUAAACAUCUAGGUGAAUUUGACUUCGAGCAUACAACUGUUUGAUGGUCCUCCAUUGACCAAGAGGGAAGAUGUAAGACCUGGUGGGCAGCUAGAAGCUGGAGUCAGGCAACAAUCACCUCACACUGCUCUUCGCUGCUCCCUAUGAUUAAGGAGGUUAGGUGAAUCGUAGAAUGAGGUGUACCCACACUUAUAAAUGUCUAAGAUUUCUCCUUGUAAGCUUAGCAAGCUUACAGGCUCACUAUAGCCCGUGCUACAUGGAUAUUUCUUUCUGAAUAGCUAAAUCUAAAACAACAGCCUUGUAAGCUCAUUAUAGCUGUGUUAGUGCAACAUGAAGAUGUCACAUUGCUGACAAAAUGUCGAACAAUAAAAAUGGAAAGUUUAAGUGAUCUAGUGUUUCUUCACCUUCCAGAUGGUAGAAGAUAUUUGUGUAGAAUAAAAAAUAUCCAAAAGAAAAUUAGUACGAGUCAAAAUGCCGUUGUGUUUAAUGACAUGUGUCUUAGAGAAAACUUAUAUAUUGAUAUAUAUAUAUUAUAUAUAUAUAAUUAAAAUAAAAUACACACACAUUGUAUAUUGCUUAGUUUGUGCUGGAGCAAAGCUUCAAAUUGAUGAGGCACUAUAUUUGUGAUACAGAAGUGUAAUGUGAUGAUUACCAUUAACUUGUCCCGAGAUCUUCCAACGUAUCAUGUAUAAGAUAAAAUAAUGGACUUUUUAAUACAUUUCACAUUUAUAUUUAAGAGAUUCCAGUAGUGAUAUAUUGUUCGAAUUUAUUGAUUUUAAUUUUAUUAAUUUCUCCAUAGUUUAAUAGCUUUGUAACAUUGUCAGCAUUUUCUCCCCCAUGAAUAUGUCACCAUAUCACCCGUUGCGUUCAGUUACGCUUGAUAUCAUCACAUCAUCAAAGUGAGAAGUUUUAAAGUUCAUUCAAUGUUUUCCCUAUUCCCCUAUUUAGGAAGUUUGAGAGGGGAAUAUUUCCAGCUGCCGAAAGCUUCCAUGCAACUGAUAUGUCAUACUGUAUGUAGAUAUUAGGUGAAAUGUCUAAGUAGUAGUCAGCUCGCAUAGCUUGUUUAUAUUAGGUCAACACAUGGAAAUUUAUUGCAAGUGCCAAGUAGGUACAUAGGUAGACUGUAGGUUAGAUAGAGGUCAAACGUACUUGCCGUAAUGCCAUUUAGAAAAGAUGUGUAGGUGUGCAGAAACUCCAGCAAGGUAGGAGCCACGGAAGGGACUUGCUUGCACGCAUGCUUGGAGAAGGUUAACUGUACUGAUGACUUCCUUCAAAAAACACCCAAUACAAACUAGUGAGUAACUAAUACCCUGCAGUUUUAAUGGCCACAGCAUUACUAAUUAAGUUUGGAUAUUGUAAAAUGUGUUGUUUGCUUUAAAAAAAAAAAAACUGUCCUGUAGAUUAUAUACAAUAGUUAGCAUAGAUUGUUCUAUGUGACAGACAUAUGAAAGUAUAGCUCUGCUUAUGCAUGGAGUUUUUUUUAGGAAAGAUUGAACACAACUGUAUAUGUGCAUGUUUAAUAGAUAAUUCACAAGAGAAUUUUUUUCAUUGGCUUUAUGCAGGCUAUAAAAUACAUUUUCAGUAUCCAAAACGGACAAAAUUUUAUUGAUUCUUAUCUCAUCUACACAAUUAUUAUUUGCCAUUAGAAAUUAAUAAAUCAUUAGUGACCAGAUGUAUUUAGAGUACUGUUAUUUGUUUUCAAGAAACUGUGUAAUUAACAAACUGAUACAUUGCCUCGUAAAGCAACAUAAUUUAUAAAAUCACUGGUUAUAAACACGAUGCAAGUUUGAAAUGUACUGUAAAUAGGAGGCAAUAUGUUACAACUCUCCCAUGAAGGGAAGAGUACACUGGUGGUCAAGACUUGAGGUAAACAGCAGUGAUGCUCAACAUCAAGAACUGUUUGGCUUUUUACGGCAAUGCAGGCGAUGAGUCACAAUAACGUGGCUAAAGUAUGAUGACAAGACCGCACACUAGAAUGUGAAGGCACGACGACGUUUCGGUCCAUCCUGGACCAUUCUCAAGUCGAUUGUGGCAAUGUCAUCAAUAAACUAAAUUAUUGUCCUUUAUCCAGAAUGCUUCAUUGAUGCAUAUGAAGUUGACUUAUUUUUCAUUAUUGGUGUUUGUUAGGAAGGGUGGUAGGCGUUCUGCAACUUCAAUUAUUUUAAGUUCCAGAUAUGUGAUAGCAAUACUGAGACACUGCAUAUCUAAUCAUUUUGUUUAUAGAUGUGUUCUACACCAGUGCAGUACUUUUAAGCUGAAACCUGUUGAUAUAAACAUAAUUAAUUUUUUACAAAAUAUUUCCAAGUCUUGCAUUCCCACUUCUUUCAAAUCUGUCUCUGUAAGAUACCUAAAAAGACACUAACAUUACUGUAGCAUUGUCUGUAAGACACACCAAAGAUGCAUUACUAUAAGAGUGCUUCUACAAGUGACAUAUUCUAACCACUAUGAUAUUUGAAGUUGCAAAAGUAUAAAACAUUAAGUUGGUUAACCCUUCAACUACACAACACAACCAGGGGUGUUCUUGCCAUUUAUCUAUAAACUGUGCAUCACAAUCAGAGUACCACAUAAAAUUUAAAACUGCAGGGCUCACAGCUGCUUCCUUGUGCAGACAUAAUCUUGGAAAAAAAAAUUGUGGGCAUCCCUCCUGGAUGUGGGGACCUACACAAGUAGAGCAUGCAAUAGCAGCUCGCAACACACCAUGCAGCUCGUGUCAUCAGCAUAAAUUAGUGAUGAAAUAAAUAACUUAAAUUAUUUAUCAAUGAUAGUGACAUAAAUACACUAACAGUGAUAAAGAUUAUGUACAAGGUUCAGAUAUUAGUUUAUCUGAUGCUGUUGAUAAUGUUCACAGCUCAAGGCAGACAUCCAGUGCACACAGCUGUACUUUGAUGUGUAUACACACAUCAUAAAAUGAGGACCUCAUGUUCCUUUAGAAAAUAAACAUGUGAAAAAUGGUUCAUAUUUAGGAUUGAUUUAUAUUUGACCAGGAUUCUGAUAAGUGCUGUGGCUGGUCAGUGAUGGGUGUAGUAUGUCGGAAGGCACUUUCAUUUUUGUCAGGUGCUGCCAGCAGCUGAUAAGCAUGUGGCAAUAUGCUGUGCUUGGAUCAAUGUUAACGAGAUAACCAUACCCGCCAUAACUUCUUAGUGGUAUAUAAUGGUGCAUAAAAAUGUAGGUUGUGUAUAUAACGUGUCUCUACAGUGUACUAACAGCAAAAAGAGUACGUUUUGUUGUUCAAAGAAUGUGGUGUGCAUAUUAGUGACAUGAAUAUGUGUGUGUAUUCUAUGUUCUACACAUUGGGAUAAUAAUGUUAUUGACAACCCAUUGCAGAUGAAAAAAACUAUGGUAAAAGUAUGACAAAUAUGAAGAAAAUAUAAUACAGUGGCGCCUCGAUUAACGAGUUUAAUCCGUUCCGGCACUGAGCUCAUCAUGUGGAAAUCUCGUCUUGUGAAACAACAACAAAACUGUCGUCCGUGUCCAAGAACCAGCGGGAACGCUCGUUAAUCGAGGGAAAGCUCGUCAGUCGAGACGCAUUUUCUGUGAGUGACUUGCUCAUUAUUUGAAAUGCUCAUAACUGGAGGCACGCGUCACUCGAGGUUCCACUGUACAUUCAAUGCGUGCAGUCACAACUUUGUGCAUAAUAUGCGGAGCUAGGCUGAACUUGGAUCACAGGUUACAAGAUUAUUAUACCCCAUCAGAACUACUUAGCGAUUCAUAAUGCAUCAAAAUGUAGGUAAUUAUAUUUAAUGUAUGUAUUAAGUGUAAUAACAGCAAAAAACGAAUGCUUUAUUGUCAUGAAUAUACAGUAUUUGAAAAUACCAGUGCUCCAUAUAUUUUAUUAUAAAACAAAUUCAAAUGAGGCACUAUUGAAUAAUAUUACUGCAAAAAAACAAAUCAAUGUCAUUGAAAUAAAUAUGCAAAAAAUAACUUUGUGGGAACUUCUGCCACAUGCUUGACCCGGGGCGACCUCCAUGGAACAAAUUGCUUCUAAAUGCUCAUGAAUCGUGACAUCUUCAAAAUUUCCACGCUCCACGAUGGCCAAUGUAAAUCAUAUAAAUUUAUUUUUAAAAUUGUUCUUUGAUCUGGGAAUGCAUUUUAACUAUUAGAAGGAACAAAUUUUACAGAAUUUACUUGCACACUAAAAGAUUUUCAUGGAAAUUUGAGUUGGUGGCCAAAGGCAGGUGCAGAUGUAACCAAAGGGAGGUGUAGGGAGGUAAUGUAGAUAUAAAAGUCAAACUCCUUUUCAUCAUGACUUUUACAGCUUUGCUUUCCUUUUUUUUCCACUAACAACAAAUUAUCCCUAAAAAGCCAUAUGCAUAUAUUAUUCAGUUAUAAUACUGAAUUUAUACAAAUUUGUUUAUUUCCAAUUUUUUACUAAAGGGUUUACUUUGAAAUAUUUUGUCUCGUGUGGAUUAUCUGUUAAUAAUGAGAUUAUUUAAUUGUAGUGUAAAAUCUGUAUGUCACUUAAAUGUGAAAUAGUGAAUAGAUUGUUGAUAGUACUGUACUGUAUUAUACUUUUCGAUAAAUGCAAAACUUAAUUGGCAAAAUGCUUAAUAUUUCCCUAGUUUUUAUAUUUAUUGUCUUAUGAAUGCCAUAAAUGAAAGUUUAAAAUAUUUUGCCAAUUGGGAUUUGCUCUACAAAAUGUUAUAACUCAUUAUGUAUCAAAGCUGCUGUAUACUGAAAUUUAUCAUCAGAUAAGAGUUCUGUAUACUGUAUUGUCAAAAUUGUUGAAUAGUGUUGUGUUUGAAAGUGUAAUGCUGUGGCCAUGACGUUAGAUGCAGUGCUACCGUAAAGUGCAUAGUUAAUUGAUAAACUGAAUGUUUGUAAACCACUGCCGAGGAGCUACAUGUUGCGUGUGGAGCCGUCUGGAAAUAAACAGGUUUCUCGUUGAGCAUGCUCUUAACUUUUCUUUUAUAAAUUUCCAUGUUUUAUUUUAGUGUUAAUUAAAGUCCUUCUAGAUUUAA